UAGAGACACACAAUUGCAAACGUUGGCUCUAUUAAAGGAAUAGUGAUUUCGUCCAAGAAAUAUUCGACGAGCUAGCGCCUCGAUUACCUAUAACCUUAUAAGUUUUCGUAAGUAAAUGGCGUGUUUGUUGCAUGGGACGCUUUGUGUAACGAUAUAUGAUGUUGAUAAGCUGCACAAUAGAUCUAACUUGGAUUUUUGCAAUAAGGAUACGCCUCACAAAACGAAGAGAUUUCUAGCCCAAGUCAAGGCUUGUUUACUGUGUCGACCAGAGCUUGUUGGUACUAGAUUGUAUGCAACAGUUGAUUUAGAUAAAGCCAGAGUUGCAAGAACCAGAGUGAUACGACAUCACACUUCCAACCCCAAGUGGAACGAAACCUUUCACAUAUACUGUGCCCAUACGGUGUCACACAUUGUAUUCACAGUCAAAGAUGGAAAUCCUAUUGGAGCAACCCUGAUUGGAAGAGCUUCCGUCCCUGUAGAUCAAGUUCUAAAGGGGGACCCAAUCAACACACAAUUUCAAAUAUAUGAUGAAGACUCUCGUCCUAUACAAGGUGGCUCUAAAAUACAUGUCAAAAUACAAUUCGAUCAUGUGACCAAUGAUCCACACUGGUCUAGAGGAAUAAUGAGUGCAGAUUAUCCUGGAGUUCCUCAUGCAUUCCUCAACCAGAGAGAAAAUUGCAGAGUAACUUUAUACCAAGAUGCCCAUGUCCUUAAUGACUUCAUCAAGGUAUCUAUCCCACUGUCUGGGGGAAUUAGAUAUUAUAAUCCAGGAAGAUGUUGGGAGGACAUUUUCAAAGCCAUUUGCAAUGCUAAGCACUUAAUUUACAUAACUGGGUGGUCUGUUUACACUAAAAUAACCUUAACUAGGAACUAUGGGGAGCAAACCAUAACUCUAGGAGAGUUGCUUUUGAUGAAAGCAGAGGAAGGAGUGAAAGUGCUUAUGCUUAUUUGGGAUGACAGAACUUCUGAUAAUCUUAAAAAGGAGGGUUUGAUGGCAACCCAUGAUCAAGAAACAGCACAGUACUUUAGGAAUACUAAAGUACAAUGUAUCUUGUGCCCCAGAAAUCCUGAUGUUGGAAGGAGCAUAAUUCAAGGGCUUCAAACUUCAACUAUGUUCACUCACCACCAAAAGGCAAUAGUUGUUGAUAGUGACUUAUCUGGCAUUAAUGAAGGAUCAAAUGAAGAAACACGUAAAAGGAGUAUUGUAAGUUUUAUAGGCGGAAUUGAUCUGUGUGAUGGCCGAUAUGAUACACAUGAGCAUCCUUUGUUUUCAACUCUAAACACAAUCCAUCAAGAUGAUUUCCAUCAGCCAAACUUUUCAGGAGCUUCUAUUAAGAGAGGAGGUCCAAGAGAGCCCUGGCAUGACAUUCAUUGCAAACUAGAAGGACCUGUUGCUUGGGAUGUCUUAUACAAUUUUGAGCAAAGGUGGGAGAAGCAAGUCAGGAAGGGCCUCCUCAUACCUCUUUCCAUGCAUGAUCAAAUUCUUGUCUCUCCAUCUGAAAUAAAAGCAUUAGAAGACAAUGAGAAAUGGACUGUUCAGUUGUUUAGGUCCAUUGAUGGUGGUGCUGUUUCUGGGUUUCCAAAAGACCUAAAUGAAGCAGCUGAAUUAGGCCUUGUCAGUGGGAAAAAUAACAUUAUUGAUAGAAGCAUUCAGGAUGCUUACAUAAUUGCUAUUAGGCGAGCUAGGAAUUUCAUCUAUAUUGAAAACCAGUAUUUCCUAGGGAGCUCAUAUGGUUGGAAAGCAACUGAUAUAAAAGUUGAAGAUAUUGGGGCCCUGCAUCUUGUACCAAAGGAGCUAUCACUGAAGAUUGUGAGCAAGAUUAAAGCAAGGGAGAGGUUUGUUGUGUACAUUGUGAUCCCAAUGUGGCCUGAAGGUGAUCCUGAGAGUGCUUCAGUUCAAGCAAUAUUAGAUUGGCAAAGGAGGACAAUGGAGAUGAUGUAUAUUGAUAUAGUUGAAGCCAUUGAAGAAGUAGGAUCUAAAGCGGACCCCACAGAAUAUCUCACUUUUUUUUGCCUUGGGAAUAGAGAGGUAGAGAAACCUGGAGAAUAUGUUCCUCCAGAGAGACCAGUGCCUGGUAGUAACUAUGACAGAGCACAAAAAGCCAGGCGCUUCAUGAUCUAUGUUCAUUCAAAGAUGAUGAUAGUUGAUGAUGAGUAUAUAAUAGUUGGUUCAGCCAACAUAAACCAGAGAUCAAUGGAUGGAGGAAGAGACACAGAAAUUGCAAUGGGGGCAUUCCAGCCACACCAUCUAACAGAGGAGGAGAAUCGACCAAAAGGUCAGAUACAUGGAUUCAGAAGGGCAUUAUGGCUUGAGCAUCUUGGAGAUGUUGAUGCCGAAGUGUUGGACCGUCCAGAAAGUGAAGACUGUGUGAAGCUUGUGAACUAUGUUACUCAAGAGAACUGGAAAUUAUACACAAAGGAAACAUUUAGUGAGGCUGAUUCUAACAACUUUAAUCACCUCCUGCGCUACCCCGUUCACAUAACAAAAAGUGGGCAUGUAACUACCCUUGAAGGAUUUGAAUUCUUUACUGAUACCAAAGCUCGUAUUUUAGGUUCGAAAAGUGAUUACCUUCCUCCUAUCCUCACCACCUAGGUUAAACUCCUUAGGUAUCUUUUAUGUAUUGUUUAAACAAGUCAAUGUCAAAGAUUCCAUCAAGAGCAAACUGUUCAAGUUAUAAUAUCAUGCAAUAGAAUUUUAGUAACUAUAAA